AUGUUUGUACUCAUAUAUGAUAUAGUAGACACCUUCGAUAUAUACUUUAAAAGGGAAAGGGAGAAAAUCGCCUUCUUUCAUCCUGAGAUAGAUCUGAGUCGUUUGAACAUGUUCAAAGUUGUCUGUGGCGGCCACCUGGUGGACGAUACACAUAACCCUCUUCCACCUGAGCCAAUUGUUUGUCCUAUUAAUUACACUCAAUUUGAUCUUGGGGGAAAUAGGGAAAUGGAGGACGCUAAUCCUGAGACGACAUACCAAGGGGACUUCUUAAAGGGAAAGCUUGCUUUUGAAUGGGGUCAAUGA